AUGGCAGAACAGGCAAUCACACAGGGUGCCAUCAGGAGCAUUUUCGAGCCCAGCGGCUGCUUCGUGGAGCACCCCGUCCUGCAAUGCGUGCAGAUCAAGACUAUGGAGCCCAAGGCGGGCGAGGCAAACGCGAUACAGCGCUUCCGUGUUGUGCUGAGUGAUGUUCGCAACUUCAUACAGACGAUGAUUGCGACCACUGCAAAUGAGAUCGUCACCUCUGGCAAGCUCAAGAAAGGAUCGAUAGUCCGACUACUCAAAUACAACCCGCAGCAGGUCAAAGACAAGAACAUUUUGAUCAUCAUGGAGCUCGAUGUUCUUUCACAGUACGGCGAGCUCGAAAAGAUCGGCCAGCCCGAGGCCCUCGACUCGAAACCCAAGCAACAGCCUGAUGCUAUCUCGGGCAACAACUUCUACGGCAACAAGCCAGCUCCUGCGCCCCAGCAACAGCAGAGGGCGCUCCCCGUCCACCAGAGCAACCCCAGCACAUCCACACACCCGCACCUCUACCCGAUCGAGUCCCUUUCGCCAUAUGCUCACAAGUGGACUAUUCGAGCUCGGUGCACACACAAGGGCGAAAUGAAGGAGUGGCACAACGCAAAGGGCACCGGCAAGCUAUUUAGUGUGAACUUGCUGGAUGACACUGGCGAGAUCCGUGCGACAGCUUUCACGGAGGUUGCUGAAAGGCUGUACCCCAUCUUCGAGGAAGGUGUGGUGUACUACAUCUCCGCACCUUGUCGAGUCACACUUGCGAAGAAACAGUACUCGAAUCUGCCAAACGACUACGAGCUGCAAUUCGAACGUGACACCGAGGUUGAGAAGGCAGAAGACCAGGACAACAAGCCUCAGAUUCGAUUCAACUUUACCAAGAUCGGUGACCUCAACUCCGUGGACAAGGAUACGACUAUCGACACCAUCGGUGUGCUGAAGGAGGUUGGUGAAGUGUCCACGAUCACAUCCAAGAACACGAACAAAGACUUCUCCAAGCGAGAACUGACACUCGCCGAUGACAGUCAAACCUCAGUGCGUCUUACUAUCUGGGGCAAGACAGCAGAGGGUUUCGAGGCACCGUUGGAGUCGAUUGUUGCCUUCAAAGGUGUCAAGGUCUCUGACUUUGGUGGCCGAAGCCUGAGUCUGUUGAGUUCUGGCUCAAUGAUGCUAGACCCUGAUAUCGACGAGGCACACAAACUGCGAGGCUGGUUCAACGCUGUUGGUCAGAACGCUACCUUCUCUACUCAUCAGAACAUGGCUUCAUCUUCUGGAGGUUCAAAGAAUGAGACCAAGCUCAUCUCUCAGAUUCUUGAGGAGGAAAGCUACCUUCAAGAUCAGCCAACCUAUCUGAACCUGCGAGCUUCCGUGUUAUACGUGAAAAACACAACUAUUGCUUACCCGGCGUGCUCGACGCCAGGAUGCAACAAGAAGGUGAUUGAAGAGAACCCUGGCUCUUGGUGGUGUGAGAAGUGCCAGACAUCGUUCCCUGAGCCAACAUACCGCUACGUACUGAGCGUCAAUGUUGCAGAUCACACUGGUACUCUGUGGCUGAACUGCUUCGAUGAUGUCGGACAAAUCGUUGUUGGAAUGUCCGCCAACGAAGCAAUGAAGAUCAAGGAAGCAGACGAGGAGAACAACACCGCGGGGAACUUCCUGAACAUCAUGCAGGAAGCUACUUGCAAGACGUUUAACUUUAGGCUCCGGGCUAAGAUGGAGACAUAUCAGGAUCAGCCCAAGCCCCGUUAUCAGGUGAUGAGCAUCAACCCUCUCAACUACGCCCAGGAAGCCAAUAAACUGGCACAACUCAUUAAGCAAUACGACAUCGACGACAACAGCGGCAGUCUGUUCGUAAACUAA